GAGUCUUCUCGCAGCCGCAACCCACCUGGGGCCAGCCCAAUACUGGUGGCGCCGCUCGGCUCCCUCCCUCCCUCCCGGCCCUUGGGCCGCGGCAGAGUGCGCCUGCCUUUUCCGGGGGCGGGGGCCCGGCUCGCGCUCUCCCCUCCCGAAGGCGCCCGCUCGGACAACCCAAGGAUUGCUACUUCUCUGCCAACUUCGCCAACUCACCGGCACUUGGAGCGGUCCGGCUCCCUGCCCGGCGCCCUCGCGCCGCCCCAGCGCCUCGUCCUCUCCGACCGCCGCCUCUCGGAUGACCAGGUUCCAGGGGAGCUGAGCGAGCCGCCUUCCCCUCCCAGCCUCAGCCCUGGCCGCAGUGGCCGCCAGCGCCAUGCGCCCCCAGAUUCCCCCGGCCCGGCCCGCCGCCUCUGGGCCGUUCUGCUGACCGCCCAGCCCCGAGCCCCGACGGUGGGAAGUUGCGGCGGCUGCGGUUGCAAGCUCCGGCGGGUCCCGGAGGAGUCCUCUCCGGGAGCGCAGCGCGGCGCCCCCAGCCCCCGCGCGCCCCGCGGCAGCCGGGCACCCGCUCACACCCCCCCUCCCACCGUCCCUCCCUUUUCUCCUCAAGUCCUGAAGUUGAGUUUAAGAGGCGACACGGCGGCGGCGGCCGCGCUGCUCCCGCUCCUCUGCCUCCCCAUGGAUAUGCACUGCAAAGCAGACCCGUUCUCCGCGAUGCACCCAGGGCACGGGGGUGUGAACCAGCUCGGGGGGGUGUUUGUGAACGGCCGGCCCCUGCCCGACGUGGUGAGGCAGCGCAUCGUGGAGCUGGCCCACCAGGGUGUGCGGCCCUGUGACAUCUCUCGGCAGUUGCGGGUCAGCCACGGCUGUGUCAGCAAAAUCCUGGGCAGGUACUACGAGACUGGCAGCAUCAAGCCCGGAGUGAUUGGCGGCUCCAAGCCCAAGGUGGCAACACCCAAAGUGGUGGACAAGAUUGCUGAGUAUAAGCGACAGAACCCAACUAUGUUCGCCUGGGAGAUCCGCGACCGGCUCCUGGCUGAGGGCAUCUGCGACAAUGACACCGUGCCCAGCGUUUCUUCUAUCAACAGGAUCAUCCGGACCAAAGUUCAGCAGCCUUUUCACCCAACACCUGAUGGGGCUGGGACCGGAGUGACUGCCCCUGGCCACACCAUUGUUCCCAGUACGGCCUCCCCGCCUGUUUCCAGCGCCUCCAAUGAUCCAGUGGGAUCCUACUCCAUCAACGGGAUAUUGGGGAUCCCUCGCUCCAAUGGCGAGAAGAGGAAACGUGAUGAAGUCGAGGUAUACACUGAUCCUGCCCACAUUAGAGGAGGUGGAGGUUUGCAUCUGGUCUGGACUUUAAGAGAUGUGUCCGAGGGCUCAGUCCCCAAUGGAGACUCCCAGAGUGGCGUGGACAGUUUGCGGAAGCACUUGCGAGCUGACACCUUCACCCAGCAGCAGCUGGAAGCUUUGGAUCGGGUCUUUGAGCGUCCUUCCUACCCUGACGUCUUCCAGGCAUCAGAGCACAUCAAAUCAGAACAGGGGAACGAAUACUCCCUCCCAGCCCUGACCCCUGGGCUUGAUGAAGUCAAAUCGAGUCUAUCUGCAUCCACCAACCCCGAGCUGGGCAGCAACGUGUCAGGCACGCAGACAUACCCCGUUGUGACCGGUCGUGACAUGGCGAGCACCACUCUGCCUGGUUACCCCCCUCACGUGCCCCCCACUGGCCAGGGAAGCUACCCCACCUCCACCCUGGCAGGAAUGGUGCCUGGGAGCGAGUUCUCCGGCAACCCGUACAGCCACCCCCAGUACACCGCCUACAACGAGGCUUGGAGAUUCAGCAACCCCGCCUUACUAAGUUCCCCUUAUUAUUAUAGUGCCGCCCCCCGGGGCUCCGCCCCUGCCGCUGCUGCCGCUGCCUAUGACCGCCACUAGUUACCGCGGGGACCACAUCAAGCUUCAGGCCGACAGCUUCGGCCUUCACAUCGUCCCCGUCUGACCGCCCACCCCGGAGGGAGGGAGGACCGAUGCGACGCGAAGCCUCUCGCCACUGCCCCAGCCCCAUCCCCACCCAGAAAGCCUGCAGCCCUUCACGUCACCCCGUCGAAGGCCAGACAGGACGAGUGGAGCCGUGGGCGGGACCCUCAGGCCUGGGCCCGCAGCCCCCAACCCCGCCCGCCUCCCCUCCCCGCCUGCCUGGACUGCACCUCGCAGCGAGGAGGGCCUGACCCAGCUCAUCCGGCCUCGCCCGAGCCGGCUGGGAGUACCAGCCACAACGUCUGACUCUGGCCAGGCCCGCCGCUGUGCGCGGGGACACGUUUCUGUGACACACAAUCAGCGCGGACUGCAGCGCGGCCCAGCCCCGGAGCAGCCCGCCUCGGAAGCUCCGGCGCCAGGAGGCCUCGCUGGAGGGACUGGGCAAAGGAAAUUAAGAACAAAAUGAUUUUCUGCAGAAGGAGUAAGAGCCUCCUGCCGAACCCUCGGGAAAAAGUCCUUACCCCCGUGCCACCGGACUGCCACCACCUUCCGAGUGUGCCCUGGCCCAGGCAGGAGGUGGAAUGGAAUGGGGGCAUGGGGGCUGGGCUCUAGGGACAAAGGUUGGGUUCUUCAGGUCUUUCCAAGGUUGGGACCCAAGGCAAGGAGGCCCCAGAAGCCCGCACCCACCGAACCGUACCCUUGGCUCUUCCCUACUCCAUCUGAACUGCCCAGGCACCUUCUAGUGACCAGACUCUCAGCCCCACCUUGCCCCUACCUCAGCGUCUCAGCCAUCUGCUGACCUCCCAGUCUCCCCUGAUACCAGUCCUUUUCCCAUCGCUCUGCAUCUCUGCUCCCUAACUCGCUGCCCCAUCGGAGGCUUUCCUGUGCCUGCCGCAGGACCAGUUCCCACAGGCCUUGGGCACUGGUCUUUCCCAGCAGUUACUUGAUGUCCCUCCCCCGACACAGACUCGCUAUCUGCGGGUGAUAGGAGUAGGUUCUGAGCUGGCGUCUGAGCUGCGGAGGGGUGGAAGUGGAGGUCGCCCACUCCCCGCCCCGCCCCCCGCCCCCGCCCCCAGCCUCCUCCUCCGGCAGAAACUGAACGGAACCGCAAAAAAGUCUACAUCUAUUUAAUAUGAUGGUCUUUGCAAAAAGGAAAAAACAAAACAAAAACCCAACAGGCUGCUGCUUUGUAGAAAGACGGUGUGUGUCGUGUGAAGGCGAACCCGUGUAUAUAACCCCGCCCCGUCCGCCCCGCCCUGCCCAGUAGAGUCCCCGCUGCCCGCCAGCCCUGCCUGUAGAUGCGCCCCGCUGUCUGUGCUGUGAGAGUCGCCGCUCGCUGGGGGGGGGAGGGGGGGAGGGACACAGCUACACACCCACUAAAGCACAGCACGUCCUGGGGGAGGGUGGCAUUUUUUAUGUUACAAAAAAAAAUUACAAAAGAAAUCUCUAUGCAAAAUGACGAACAUGGUCCUGUGGACUCCUCUCGCCUCUGUUUUGUUGGCUAUUUCUCUGUAAUUCCGUGUGUUCGCGCUCUCCUCCGCAUCUCUCUCUUGCGCAUCUCUCCCCUCUCUCCAUUUCUCUUUUCCCAUCUGUCUCUGUCUCUCUCCGUCUUUGUCCCUCUGUCUCUGUCCCUCCCUCGGCCUCUCUCCCCAGCCCCAUCCCGGCAGCCUUGCCCUCGCAGCCUAGAUCAGAGGUGGCAGCUCCACCCCCGGGCUUGUCCCCUCGCGGCCGUGCCCCGCGCGCCCUGGGCCGCCGGCGGCCGGGCCGCCCAGCCCCGUAGUUGCUCUCUCGGUAGCGGCGAUGCGCCCUGCAUGUCUCCUCACCCGUGGAUCGUGACGACUCGAAAUAACAGAAACAAACUCAAUAAAAGUGAAAAUAAAUAAAUAAAAAUCCUUGAACAAAUGCGAAAAGGCUUGGAGUCCUCGCCCAGAUCUCUCUCCCCUUCGAGCCUUUUUAUUUGAAAAGGAAAACGAGAAAAGAGAAUAGUUUAAGGGAACUGUCGGCGCCCAGCCAGGCUCCAGUGGCCCAAGCUGGACGGCAGGGAGCCGAGGUUUGAACUCUGAGGGCCGGCCCAUCCCAGCCUUGCAGGGCUGGAGGGUCAGGGUCCUCAGAACCAGGACCCAGCGAAGCCUCAGAGAGCCCCCGACAGCUUUGGUCUCCUUGGCCACUUUCAGCGCGUCGGUUCGUUUUGAUUCUUUUCUUUUUCUUUCUUUUUUUUGUGCACAUGAUAAAUAAAUAAUAAUAAAUAAUAAUAAUAAAUAAUAAUAAUAAUAAAAUUUUGUAUGUCA